AAUAAGCAAGAAUGCAAGAAUGUUCUUACACAGAAUACUUUUUACUCUAAUUUGUGUGAGUAGCAUCUCUGCUAAACAAAUAUUUCAAACUCGCCCCACAGAAGCGACAAUCAAAAUGGAAGAAAAUGCAUAUUCAUGUUUCCGAUCUACAAAUUGUGAAUUAGGCCCUGAAACGAAAGAGAAGAAUAACAAGUGUUUCAAGAUGGUUCCUGAGAAGUACAAGCAAAACUUUCUUAAUUGGAGUGACGAAGUUUCAAAUGGUGCCCUUAAGGGAAAUGAUUUGGAAGAAUCUCGAGAUAAGUUUUGUGGCCUAAGUGAACUGACAAAGCGAGAUUCAUUUUACAAGGUUGCGCAGUAUAUUUUUGAUGACUUUAUGAUGAGCUGCGAUACUGAUUCAUCACUGGAGUACUGUGACCAGGUGAACAAAGCUCUAAAGUGUGUUUUGGACAUUUAUAACGAAAAUAUUCCGAAAGGACUGUGUGGUAUUGAUGUAGAUAUCAAAAACGGCAGGUUCAUGUGAAACUAGAAAUGCAGAUGGUGGUCAACUCUUCUUGCAUUCGAAAAUUCUCAUUACCGAUCAUCUUUUACCAUUUUAAAAUUCUAUAAAAUAAACUGAUGUGAAAACAAAAUCAGAAAAUAAACUGAUAUGGAAA